AUGGAGGCCGGGCACCGGGCGGCGCGCCUGGCCGCCUCCUGCCUCCGCACCCCGCUCGACCCGCGCACCCGCGCGCCCGCCGCGCUCUACGAGCGGGAGCCGCCGCCCGCCGCCGCGCAGGGUGGUUUUGAUUUGGAUUCACAUUCCGACAGAGAGCAGAGCUCCUCUCUACAUGGAGACAGCAACAGGCAGAUAGACUUCUCCAAAAUGUGUGAUUCAAAUCAAGAAUAUUACCUGAAGCUGGAAGAGCUGAAGAAUGCCCACUUGGAGAGCAUGGCAAAGUUAGAAAGCAUGUAUCGGAAUAAACUGUAUUUGAAAGGAGUGCAACCCUUGGGCAAGAAAACUGCUGCUUCUAAUGUGUGCUCUAGGCCAACUUGGGAGAAGAGCUCAUAUCAGCCUCUAAGCUUGCACAAAUCCUUUUCAGACUCUGACUUGAGCAGUGAUCCCUUAGGCUCAAGUGUAUCUGAGGAGUCUCUGGGAGAUUUAGCGUUUGAAGAAAAUGGUAGUGAGACUGGGUCAUCUGCAUUGGCCAAGCAAAGGAUUGAAAAAAUGUGGGAUGGGUUCUCUGUGGAACGCUACAUCUCCCGCACCAAAGGCAGCCCACCAAGCUCACCAGCCCCCAGAAUGAUACAGAAGAAACAGAAGGCAUGGUCACCGAGAGUUACCGUGCCCAAGCCUUUCCAGAUGACUAUCAGAGAAGCUAGAAAAAAAGAACAGAACGUCAAAUCAAAGUCACAGGUUGAAAUGGAAAAUAACUUAUUGAAGAAGCAACUAGAGGAAGAAGCAGAGUGUCAGAAAAAGUUCCGAGCGAAUCCAGUGCCUGCUGCCGUUUUCCUUCCACUGUACCAUGAAAUCGUGCAACGGAAUGAAGAGCGCAGGAGGUCUGUGAAGGAGAGAAGCAAACUGAAGCUCUUGGCUUCUCAGAAGCCGUUUAAAUUCAUUGAGCGAGAGAAGCAAAGGAAUGAAGUUAGGAAAAUGCAAUUAAGAGAUCUUUCCGCACCUGAAAAGAGAACAAAAGUGUUCAAAGCAAAACCGGUUCCUAGAUGUGUUUAUAGCCCAGCUGUUGAUGACAAGAUAAAGGAGGAAGAGCUCUACAGAGAAAUCAGGAUCAGAAUGAGAGCUGAGGAGUUGCUACGGAAUUCAUCUCUACCCAACAGCAGACUGGCUUCAACUAACCCCAGUAAAAAGAAGAAACACAAGUGCACCGAGCAGAAGGAAGCAGAAUACAAACCCAAGAUCAAAUCAAGCAUCCCAGAUUUUGAACUGCUACACCAGAGAUUUCAGAAACGGCUCCUGCAGCAGAAGGAAGCGAAGCAGCUGACAGUGUGUGAACCUUUCCAGCUGCGCACUCCCUGCAUCCCCUCCAACAAGGGCAAGAUUCUGAAGGACAUUCAAGAGGAUGAAGAAAAGUUGAAAGAAACACGCUGGCCAUAUGCCUCUCCAAGAAGGAAACCUCAAAGGACACAUUCAAGUGCCCAUUCACACCCCUCAGGAUUUGGAGAGUCUAAAGCACCAAGAAUCACAGAAUCCACACGACGACGGCUACAAGCCAUAAGAAAUUAUGAGAAGCAGAGAAUGCAAGAAUAUUUGCAAGAGCUGCAGGAAAUGGAAGAAAGAGUAAAACAAAGGCCAUUGCUUUUUGAAAGAGUCACUCAGAAAAAUGCCAGGAUAGCUGCAGAGAAGCAUUAUUCUAACAGACUGAGAGCACUGGGGAUAUGCCCAGAGUUUGUGUCAAAGAAAGGACAAAGAACUAAAUUGCUACGAUUCCACAGUGCUGAAGAUUAUAAACCCUCCACUGUUACCACACAAAGAGUCAUCAAGGAAGAAGCGGAAGACAGGGAGUCCUCUGAGGAAGCAGUUGACAGCAGUGCUCAGGGUGAGCAGUCCUGUGAGGAGGAAGAGGAAAAAAAGACAAUGAGCCAGUUCAACAAGCUGGAAGAUGAAGAAGAGGCAGGAGCUAGCCCUUAUGAUCAUCAGCCUUGCCAUGCAGGGGAGGCUGAGUCCAGCCCCUCCUCUGACCAGCACUGUGAAGAAGAUGAGGAGGAAGAGGGUGAGCAGUCAAGACCCUGCUCUCAGUCUGACCAGUCCCAUGAGAGUGAAGAGGAAAAUCAGUCUGACCCUGAAGCUGAAGAUGCUUUCAGAUAUGAAGACGAAGAGUAUGAAAAUGAUGAUUCAGAAGAGAGAGCCAGCAGCAAUGAAGCUGACUGAAAGGAAGGCAGACAGGAUGACUAGGGCUCAGGAACCUAUUUCAUUGCUGGCAGUGAAAUAGACACCAAAGCAAAACUUGUCACUUUGCUACUGAUCCAAAAUCCUGUGAAUUUAAACCUCUUAGUUUAACAGUCUUUUCAGCACAGAAAUGUCUGUUUUCCAGUAAGAAGGAUGUUACCCAUGUCCACCAAAACAUGAACUUACUUAAAUAUCAGUCUUCUUUAUUGCAGUCCUCUGUGACAUCAGUGCACCUCAUAAAAUGCAGUCAUAAAAUGAACUGCAACCACUGGUUAAUAAUAAUGUCUCACAUGCUGUGCUGGCAAGUCCUGAGCUUUUAUAUCCAGCUCUUUAUAUGUGCUGCAAAGCUAGGUUAGAUUUUGAGGUAGUAGCUUGCCAUUAUCUGUGUGUCUCACUCUCCAACAUUUCAGUACUUCUGGGGUCUGUUCCUGCAACAUCAUCUAGGAUGGCAGUGAACAGACAGGGGUUUGUUGUGCAAGACCUCUGACUGGUUUUAUCAGGGCAGCUGCUAAAAGACCACUUGAUGUGUGCUUAGAUAAUAGAGCCAGAUUAGUCUGUUUGGUUCUCUCCCUCCUCUUCCCAUGCAGAAAUUGGUCAGAUGAGUGGCAGGGCCAGAAAACAUUGCUGCUUUUAGAGGAAACAAGCUGUUCUAUUGACUGCUUUAUCCAGCUAAAAUGUUAACAGUACUGUAGUUGCUGAAGGCUCUCCCUAUAGAGGAGAGAAUGCCUAGAAUACAGAGAGAAGCCUCUUCAUCUUUCCCAAAGACUUUUAACACUUAGACAAGUAAGGUAGAAAAGCCUGUAGAAGAAUAUAUUAUGCUGCAUAUCUUAUAAUACUGUCUAACCCAGCCCCCACGUUGUUCUUUAAACUCCAUUUUGUUUUGAAGAAGUCCUUCCAUCAUCAUAGAAUCACAGAAUGGUAGGGUUGGAAGGGACCUUUAGAGAUCAUCUAGUCCAACCCCCCUGUAAAAUCAUUGUUCAUAAUGCUGAUAUUAAUCUUCAAAUUUCUUUCCUGAGACAGUAAACAUACUCUGUAAAGACAAUCUCACUACAUCAGAGAAAAAUGUAGUGCAGCAACUCCAGAUGCAUGAAAGUACAGAAAGAAGUGCUUCUGGUACCUUUUCUUACAGACUUGCUAUUCAGGACUUCAGCUACUACACAGCAGAGUAUGAAAACAGAAGGUCUGGGUUUGCUUUCGUCUUCUUUGUGUCAGUAGUACCUUCUCCUACUAUUAUGACCUUUCUUGCUAACCUCUCGUGUGCAAUGUGAGGAGAGAUAAUAAACAAAACCAUGCAUCCACAUUAUAACAGCCUGGAGAUGGAGAUGGAUGUGGAUCUCCAUCCUGUGGAUGGAGAACAAUGCAGUCUUGCACAGGUGCUGAAAACACAUUUAUUGAACAGUAAAUGCAGUGAGUAAAACUCCUAGGUUUCAUCUGCAAUGAUCAACGAUAAGGAUUUGAAAAAUAUUCCAUGCAGGAGCACUAAUUAAAUCUGUUACUAUUUCGUCCUCCUGACUUUGAGAACUGUGCAACCAUGUUUGGGAGUUUUUUUAGCAUUAUUACUUUUAUUUAUUUUUGAAGUGUGAGCAUCACUGAUAAUGAAU